CCACCAGCAGCAUAGCAGCACAUCUUUAAAGUCUAGUUUGCUGGUACCGCUCCUUCCUCUGCCCAAUCUUCACACCAAUGGAUACAGUCCGAGUCAUCUCCAGCAGCACCGUCCAAGCACCGAGUCAGAACGGCGGCGACUCAGCACAGAAAAUUGAUUUAACACCAUGGGAUCUCAAAUUCCUCUUACUUGAAACAGUCCAAAAAGGCCUUCUCUUCCACACAAAAAACCACCAAAUCCACCACCUCCAACACACCCUCUCCUCCACUCUCGCCUUCUUCCCACCCCUCGCCGGCCGCCUCGUCAUCACGCGCCACCAUGACAACACCACCGCCACCUCCCACAUCACCUGCAACAACGCCGGCGCACUCUUCGUCCACGCCGCCGCAGAAAACACCUCCGUCGCCGACAUCCUUCAACCCAACUACGUUCCUCCCAUUGUCCACUCCUUCUUCGCACUCAACGGAGCUAGAAACCACGAAGGCACGUCGCAGCCGUUGCUGGCGGUGCAGGUGACGGAGCUACUCGACGGAAUCUUCAUCGGCUUCACAGUCAACCACUCUGUCGCCGACGGCAAGUCGUUUUGGCUUUUCGUGAAUUCCUGGGCUGAAAUCUCACGGGGUUCUCUUAAACCAUCGAAAUCCCCUGUUUUUCAACGUUGGUUUCCAAACGACAUUGAAGUUCCAAUUCGGUUUCCUUUCACAGAUCAGAAGCAAGCUCAUAAGUACUCUGAAACCCACCCUUCGGAGAGGGUCUUCCAUUUCACGAAGGAGAAGAUUGCGGAGCUCAAGGUUAAAGCUAACACGGAAGCUAACACGAACAGAGUAUCUUCUCUGCUAGCGCUUUUGACUCACCUAUGGCGCUCUGUGAUUCGUUGCAAGCAGCUUGAUCCUGAAGAAGAGGUGAGUUAUCGGUUGCUGAUCGGAGUUAGGCCGAGGAUGGUUCCGCCGUUCCCGGAGGACUAUUUCGGAAACGCGUUGGUGGCGGGUGGUGUUACCAUGAAAGCAGGGGAGCUGGUGGUGGAAGGUGGGCUAGGGAAGGUAGCUAUGGAGAUGAACAAGGUGGUUUCGUUGGAGUCUGAUGAGACGGUGAAGAAGGAGUAUGAGAGUUGGGUGAAGAAACCGUGGCUGAUUCCACCGGCCAUGUUGAUCGGUGGUCACUCAUUGACCACCAGCAGUUCGCCGAGGUUUGAUGUUUAUGGGAAUGAUUUUGGGUGGGGGAAGCCGGUGGCUGUUCGGAGUGGCGGCGCCAAUAAAGGAUAUGGGAAGAUUACGGUGUUUGCUGGGGUGGAGGAAGGUAGCAUUGACAUUGAAGUGUGACUUCCUAUUGAGAUUCUGGAGGCAUUGGGAAAUGACCCUGAGUUCACUCAUACCAUUUCCAGUUAAUUGAGGUUCAAAGCAAAACAUUGGUUUAGUUCAUUCCAUUUCAGUUCAUUUCAGAUUCAAGGGUAUGAUUAUAAUGGUAUUAGUAUUAAUUCUUAUGUGUGUUUGGUGAAGUUUCUUUGUUCAAUUAGCUAGCUAUUAGAUCCUUCAUAAGCCGUUUUCAUUUUUGGGACAGUGUUUAAAGCAAUUGAGGUGUAAUCGUUGUCUGUGUAAUUGAAAUGCAUAAUGUUAUGUGAAAUGAAACCUAUUUGGCAGGAUGUAUCCAGGUCAAUGUUGUUAAA